UUUUUAAGUGCUACUUUUUAUUGUCUAUAUCGAAAAAACGCACUAAUUUAAGGUACCCGUAUUUUUUUUAUUUUGCGUAAGUCCUAUAUUUUGGUCAUAAAAUCUAUUUAUAUUGUUACUUGAAACAAAAGGGCGUAUGUAACAAACGUCAUUUGUGAGAAUCGUGACGUCACGGAUCUGUUUCAUACACUGGAAAAAACGUUGAAUUAAUUUACGUUUGAGCAUAGACAACAGUGCGAGUCACAUAACUUCAAACGUUAAAAAUAAAAUCACAAAUUAACAAGUGUCACAAACUUCAAAACUCAAGUCAAACGAUUGGUUUUCAUCCCGUUUUCAAUAAUAUUUGUUUCUAGAAAUGCCUCGUAUUAAACAUUGUUUUUUCAAAACAUGCCAAAACAACACUGGUUUGUCGGCGAAAAAGAAGUUUUUUACUGUUCCGACGGACAAUAAAGCUCAGUGGUGUGCAGCAGCCGGCUGGGAUCAUGUACCUACAAGGGCAUUAUUUAUUUGCGAAGAUCAUCUGAAUUUAGAAGAAGACAUGGAAAACUAUUUAUAUUGGAAGACGAUGAACGUGAACGCACGGUUAAAGCCUCGCGUGCCAGUUUUUCGAUCACCAAUGAGGGAAGUGACAAAUAUUGUGGGGCCCAGUACUUCCACAGUGGGCCACUGUGUUGAAACUGCAAGUACAAGAAGUAUUGGUGUAACAUGUCACCCUGAAGUGGCCAAUAAGAUGACACAAAAUAAACCACGAAUGGCAGAUCGAACGACAAAUUGUUUUCUGAAAACUGCACGGAAUAAACAUAUACAUGGAGAAGCAGUAGAGAAAGACGAAGCAUCGUCAGUUGCUGGAAGUACUGCAAGUACUGAUUUUACAGAAGCAGGUUCCUCGUCUGAAACUAUCAUAUCUGAGCAGAGGCACAAUGUAGAUGGACGAAAAUUUAUGAUGUCAUUAAUAGAAAAGAAACCUAUGAGCUAUAUUGGAGUCCCAAAACAAUGUUUUUGGAUAGUUGCAUACUUGGCUCGUACUACACCAGUGACUGUUUUAGGCAUAUUAGUAACUUUAUAUAAAAUUCGUAAUAAUGACACAUUUUUGAGAAUUGCAGAUUUGUUUCAAAUAUCUGUGACAACAGUGUACAGGAAUUAUUACAUGACAUUAAGUGUACUAUCAAAAUUUUUACGGCAGUUUAUAUACUGGCCAAGUGCUUAUGAAAUAAAAAGUAACUUACCAGAUGCCUUUAAAGUUCAUAAAGAAUAUUCCCGGGUUCAAGGUAUUAUAGAUUGUUUUGAGGUCCAAAUUGAAAAGUCAUCUAAUCCGGUCGAUCAGUCAUUAUCUUGGUCACAGUACAAGGGUUGUAAUACUGCCAAAUACGUAAUUUCUUCAACACCAAAUGGUUUUAUUAACUUUAUAUCAAAAGGUUAUGGCGGAAGGAUUUCAGAUGUGAACCUAGUAGAACAAUGCGGGCUUAUAAAUCACAUUCCAGCAGAUUGUACUAUAUUAGCGGACAGGGGUUUUAAGCAUUUGGAGACUAUUUUAAAUCAAAAGGGCGUUAGAUUAGUUAGACCACCUAGUGUGUUCAGGAACCAAAAGCAAUCAAAAUGUGAGGUUUUACGAACCAAAGUAAUUGCUAGUCUUCGAGUUCACAUAGAGCGAGUUAUCAGGAGGGUUCGAUUGUUUAAACUUUUGAAGCCACAUAGCACAGUCAACAACAAAUUAUUGAAUACGCUUGAUGAUAUUCUUGUUGUUGCGUGUGGCUUGACCAAUCUGCAAACUUCCAUCAUAAGAAGAGAUUGAAAGAAUUACAU